CACAAAAGCAAAGUGCUUCGGGAUGGCCCUGGGCCCUCGGUGACAGGAGCCCCGAGUGCCCCGUCCCCGGGGGCAAGACGCAGGGACACCAUGGGCAGCAAGGAGCGCUUCCACUGGCAGAGCCACAAUGUCAAGCAGAGCGGCGUGGACGACAUGGUCCUGCUCUCCAAGAUCUCCGAGGAGGCCAUCGUGGAGAACCUCAAGAAGCGUUUCAUGGACGAUUACAUCUUCACCUACAUCGGGCCGGUGCUCAUCUCCGUCAACCCCUUCAAGCAGAUGCCGUACUUCAGCGACCGGGAGAUCGAGCUGUACCAGGGGGCGGCUCAGUAUGAAAAUCCCCCCCAUAUCUACGCCCUGACCGACAACAUGUACCGCAACAUGCUGAUCGACGGGGAGAACCAGUGCGUCAUCAUCAGCGGAGAAAGCGGGGCCGGGAAAACGGUGGCAGCGAAAUACAUCAUGGGCUACAUCUCCAAAGUCUCCGGGGGUGGCGAGAAAGUGCAGCACGUGAAGGACAUCAUCCUGCAGUCCAACCCGCUGCUGGAAGCCUUCGGAAAUGCCAAAACCGUCCGGAACAACAACUCCAGCCGCUUUGGGAAGUACUUCGAGAUCCAGUUCAGCCGGGGCGGUGAACCUGACGGGGGGAAGAUCUCCAACUUUCUGCUGGAGAAGUCACGAGUGGUGAGCCAGAACGAGUGCGAGAGGAAUUUCCACAUCUACUAUCAGCUCAUCGAAGGGGCGUCCCAAGAGCAGCGGCAGAACCUGGGCAUCAUGAGCCCGGAUUAUUACUACUACCUGAACCAGUCGGACACGUACCAGGUGGAGGGCACGGACGACCGCAGCGACUUCCAUGAGACCAUGAACGCCAUGCAGGUCAUCGGCAUCCGGGGCGAGGACCAGCAGCUGGUGCUGCAGAUCGUGGCGGGGAUCCUCCACCUGGGAAACAUCAGCUUUCGGGAGGAAGGCAACUACGCUCGGGUGGAAAACGCUGACUCCCUGGCCUUCCCUGCCUACCUGCUGGGGAUCGACCAGGACCGCCUCAACGAGAAGGUCACCAGCAGGAAAAUGGACAGCAAGUGGGGCGGCCGCUCCGAGUCCAUCACCGUCACCCUCAACGUGGAGCAGGCGGCCUACACCCGGGACGCCCUGGCCAAGGGGCUCUACGCCCGCGUCUUCGACUUUCUCGUGGAGUCUAUCAACCGGGCUAUGCAGAAGCCGUACGAGGAGUACAGCAUUGGGGUGCUGGACAUCUACGGCUUCGAAAUAUUCCAGAAAAACGGCUUUGAGCAAUUCUGCAUUAACUUUGUGAAUGAGAAGCUGCAGCAGAUCUUCAUAGAGCUGACCCUGAAGGCAGAGCAGGAGGAAUACGUGCAGGAGGGGAUCAAGUGGACCCAGAUCCAGUACUUCAACAACAAGGUGGUGUGCGACCUGAUAGAGAACAAGCUGAACCCCCCCGGGAUCAUGAGCGUCCUGGACGACGUCUGUGCCACCAUGCACGCCACCGGCGAGGGGGUCUCCUACGACGUGAACGGCUUUUGCGAGCGCAACCGGGACGUGCUCUUCACCGACUUGAUCGAGCUCAUGCAGAGCAGCGAAUACGGUUUCAUCCGGAUGCUUUUCCCAGAAAAGCUUGAUUCUGACAAAAAGGGACGACCGACUACCGCAGGCUCCAAAAUCAAGAAACAGGCUAACGACCUGGUGAACACGCUAAUGAAGUGCACGCCACACUACAUCCGCUGCAUCAAGCCCAACGAGACCAAGAAACCUCGGGAUUGGGAGGAGAGCAGGGUGAAGCACCAAGUCGAGUACCUGGGGCUGAAGGAGAACAUCCGGGUGCGCCGGGCCUACGCCAUCCUCACCCCCGAGACGUGGCCGUCCUGGCGCGGCGACGAGCGGCAAGGGGUGCAGCACUUGCUGCGCUCCGUCAACAUGGACCCAGACCAGUACCAGAUGGGUCGGAGCAAGGUGUUUGUCAAGAACCCCGAGUCGCUCUUCCUCCUUGAAGAGAUGCGGGAAAGGAAAUUUGACGGCUUCGCCCGGGUGAUCCAGAAGGCCUGGCGCCGGCACGUUGCCAUCCGAAAGUAUGAGCAGAUGCGAGAGGAGGCCUCCAACAUCCUCUACAACUUCAAAGAGCGGAGGAGGAACAGCAUCAACAGGAAUUUCGUGGGUGAUUACCUGGGCAUGGAGGAGCGGCCGGAGCUGCGCCAGUUCCUGGCCAAGCGGGAGCGGAUAGACUUCGCCGACUCCAUCACUAAGUACGACCGGAGGUUCAAGCCCAUCAAGCGGGACUUCAUCCUCACCCCCAAAUACUUCUACCUGAUCGGGCGGGAGAAGGUGAAGAAAGGUCCUGAGAAGGGGCAGAUCAAGGAGGUGCUCAAGAAGAAGGUGGAGCUCCAGGCGGUGAGCGGCGUCUCGCUGAGCACCAGGCAGGAUGAUUUCUUUAUCCUGCAUGAGAACGAUGCCGACAAUUUCUUGGAGUCCAUCUUCAAGACGGAGCUGAUCAGCCUGUUGUGCAAACGCUACGAGGAGCUCACCCGCACCAAGCUGUGCCUCUCCUUCAAGGACACACUACAGUUUCGGGUGAAGAAGGAGGGCUGGGGCGGUGGCGGCACCCGCAACGUCACCUUCGUCAGAGGACAGGGCGACAUGGCCACCCUCAAAUCCGGAGGCAAAACCCUUAUGGUCAGCAUUGGGGAUGGGCUCCCCAGGAACGCCAAGCCCACGAGGAAGGGGGGGACGCAGAGCAGAGGUGGCAGCAGAUGUCCGGUGCCCUCCCGAGACGCCCCACCGGUACCCAGAGGCGCCUGCAGGAAUGGGGCACCCCAGUUCCCACGCGGUGACGGCCGGGCUCAGCGGGACACCUACAUGGAGCCCCAGAA